AUGCGAAGCAUUAAAGGACCAAAGAGUGCUCUAACCGAUUUCAUUGAAGAGAGCGGAAUAAAGCUUAGAAGUUCAAAGGACAAUGCCGUCUUCAAUUUAGAAACACAAGUAGCCCAAGUUCCAAAGAGAAAGCCAAAGAAAAUACAAUAUUCAAAGCCAUUUGAAGUGGUUAAUUUUGAAAUAUUUGAGGCAGUGCAGGCAGAAAACGAAAUUGAGCAGAUGCUUGAAGAUCUACAUAGUUUGAAGGUAAAUGAUUCAAUGCUUCGAAGAAUUUCGGUCUAUUUAUGUGCAAAAAGAAAGAUGAGCAAGGCUUAUUUUGAUUUUUUGGUCAAGCAUUCAAAGGAUAGCUUGGUCGUUUUUGAUUGCUCAAUGAUAGCGGAUCAGAACUUCAAUAUUUCCACAACUCUAAAAUCGUUAGAGCUUUUCCAAUGUGGCCAAUUAAGGCCUCUUACACUCAACUUUAUACUUAAGUCGAUGCAAAGUUUAGAGGUUUUAAGGAUUACCGGGGCAUUUCUCAUAGAUAACUUUGAAGUUCCAAAGAGCAUUAGGAUUUUGGAUGUAACAAACUGUUCAAGACUAGAUGAUAAGUUCAUCGACGGCAUUAAUCAAAGCCAUGGAUCACUCGAGGAACUAAGACUGUCAUACUGCUAUGGAUUUUCCAAAGAGGCAGAGCUUCUAAUUGACAUCCAACGACUCUUUAUUUGCGAAACAAAGCUUUCAGACAAGUUUGUUAGAUGUCUAAAAGACCUUAAGCAGCUAAGCGUAAAAGGAUGCAAAAAUGUCAAUUUGCUGCCGAAUUUAUCUAGUGUUGAGUAUUUGGAUGUUGAAGGCAUAGUCAGUCUCACAGAGCUUCCCGUUUCUCAGAAUAUUCAGCAUCUUAACAUUUCCUAUUGCAGCAAUAUUGAAAAUUUAGCAUUUGCAAAAUUAAACUACCUGAAUGUUUCGCAUGCAAGCCUAUCCCAAAGUAAAAUCAAGCAGAUUUACGAGUGUAAGUCGCUCGAAAUACUCGAUGUGUCCUGGAAUACCAUUGUCGACGAUUCGGUUGUUAAAGAGCUGGCUGAGAAGUUGCGUUUGAAAAAGCUGUACGUGUUUGGAUGUUUUUCAUUGACCAGUAAAUCUGUUGAGCUGGCAUAUAAACUCAGGGGCCAGUGUUUGAUUGUUGGAAACCCAUCUGAGACACAUUACCUAUUGAAUAGCUGA